UCAAAACCAUCAGACUUUUAACACUAGAUCAGUAUCUUAUUGGCGAGAACUUGGACUUUAUGGAAUGGUUGUUCGGCUUUGUGCGUUAGGUUUAAAUUAUUCAAUCAAUCAAUGUCUCGAUUGCUGUUCCUUUUGAUGAAGUACCGAGAAUUCAUCGAUCAACACUCAGCAGCUACAGUUUUUGCCUACGAUGGCCUCUUCGUCUUCUUUUUCUUCUGCUGAUGCUGCUUUGGAGCUCUUAGUAUCGUGUGCUCAUGCAAUUGAAGAUGGGAAUUUGAAAACUGCCGAUUCAUUCCUGCACCAGAUCUGGAACCUUGCUCCUGAAGAACACGGCCUCAUAAGCAAACUCGUGAGAUACUUUGCCGAAGCUCUAGUUCGACGAGCUUACGGUCUCCAUCCUUCUUAUUAUACCUAUUCGAAUCUGCAAAUACCUCAUCCACUGUAUUACUAUUAUUAUUACUCGAGGUUUGAUAUCAAUGAAAUGGUGGGAGAAGCCAUCGAAAGUGCCGCGAUAGGAAAGAAGGGAUUUCAUCUUAUUGAUUUCCACAUUCCGCAUCUCUAUGGAAGGGGAUACUUGUUCAAGACACUACCGAAUCGCUCCAGCGAUCCCUUGUCGGUCCGUAUAACCGUCGUAUUACCAACUUUUCUGAAAAAUACCGUCGAUUUCCAAGAAGAAAUGGAGUAUUUGACUGGAGUGGGUAAGCCAUUGAAAAUAGAGUUGAAGAGGGAAGAUCUGAGAAUUGUUUACGCUAAUAGUUUGGGAGAAGUGGAUGAAUCUACGUUGGAUUUGAGAAGAACAAACGAUGAUGAGGCUUUGGUGGUUUAUUAUAACUUCAAAUUUCAUACACUGUUGGCAGAGGCAGAAGCAAUGAAGAAAGAAUUGAUCAAAUUGAGGCAGAUAAAUCCAGAAAUUGUGAUCAUGCAAGAACAAUACGCUAACGAUAACGACGGGAAUUUCAUCAAACGCUUGGAGUACUCUUUUCGAUAUUACUCUAACUUUUUUCAAUAUUAUUCUAAUCUUUUCAAAUCUGGGAAACCUCUGGACUACAAUACAGCUAAAUAUUAUAUGAGACAGAUUCAUAACAUUGUGGCAUGUGAAGGCAGGGAUCGAAUUAUGCGACACCAGAGUUUGGAUGAAUGGCGAGAUCUGUUGUUAACAGCGGGCUUUCUUCAAAUUCCAUUCCAGAAAGAUGUUGAGAAUUUACAUGCUCUGUAUUGGGUAGAGGAAAUCAAGGAGGAAAAAGGGUGCUUGGUUUUAAGUCACAAGGAUUGCCUAAUCUUGUUCGUAUCAUGUUGGAGACCCAGAGCUGGAGAGGAGCAUUUCAAAUUCAAUCUAAACAGCAAUAAGUUACGGCAAGGCUUCAAUCCAAGACCUUUUCAGCCAUUCCCAGAGGGUUUCAUAUUGAACCGGUUAGCUACUUUUGCUGAGAUUUAUGACAUGUUGGAAGAUGUAUGUUUUAGAUAUGAGCUUCCAGUGGCUUUUACAUGGGCUUGUGAGGCUAAUACAGAUAAAAUUAUGUUGGAUGGCAAGAAAUAUACUCUAUUCAUGGAAAGGACUUCUUGUUAUGCAAGUAAUGAGGGGUCUCAAUGUUUCAUGGAAGCAUGUGCAAAACAUCAUAUUCAAGAAGGGCAAGCCAUUGCUGGGAAAGCACUCCAAUCAAGUGCUAACUUUCAUUUCGAACCAAGUAUUACAAAGCUUAUCAAAAGUGACUACCCACUGUUUAAUGCUGCACAGUUGUUUGGUAGCCAUGCUGUUGUUGCAAUCUGUCUACAAAAUCACUACAUCAUUGGUGAUGUUUAUGUAGUAGAAUUUUAUUGGCCUGAAAUCGAAAGUGAGAAAUCAGAAUUUUUAGCACUUGAUAUCUUCAAUGACUUGAAAAAUAUGAAGAAAAAGUUUGUAACUAUACGGGUUGGAAGUAAUGAAGUUGGAUUCGAGAGAGAAGCCAUUUCAACCACUCUGCAGGGGACAAUGCAUACGAGAAAUGCUCAACCAGCUUCAUCCACCAAUGAUUUACUAAGCUCAAACACAACAUGGUCUUUGAAUGCAGUUCAACCAUGUGAUGUUCAUGAAAUGGAAAGACAUGGGCUUGUUGAGCAGGUUGAAUCAGCUCCCUUUAGCACACCCAAUCCCAUGAGUUAUGGAGGAGUACUACAAACACAAGGGCCUCAUAAACAGGAAAUUGGUGAGAAGGAUUUCAUUUCUCAGACUGUAUCCAUUGGUGACUAUGAGAUUGUGAAAGCAUACAUGGAGACCUGUAAAGUCCCACGAACCAAACGGAGAAAGUACUUGUCUAAAGUUUGGCUAGAUUUCGAUAAGUUUGAAGUGAAUGGAAAACAAGUAGCCAAAUGUAAACACUGCAAUAAGGAUUUUACGGGGUCAAGCAAAAGUGGAACCACACACUUGAAAAACCAUUUGGAAAGAUGCCAAAGUAAGAAAAUAAAAAAUCAGGAAAGGCAGUUAAUCACAUCUGAAAUAGGUGAUUUGAUCACUCGGGAUAGUGAUGAAAGCAACUUCACAUUCGAUCAAGAAAGGAGUCGCUUGGAUUUUGCGAAAAUGAUUAUCAAGCAUCAAUGUCCAUUGGAUAUGGCUGAACAAGAGUUCUUUAAGAUUUUCGUGAAAAAUUUACAGCCAAUGUUUGAGUUUCAAUCAAAAGAUAUUUUAUUAUCUGACAUACAUCGCAUCUAUAAAGAAGAAAAGGAGAAACUUCAGUUAUAUUUUGAUCAGCUCGCUUGUAACUUCAAUUUGACAAUCAGUUUGUGGAAGAACAACCUUGGAAAGACUGCAUAUUGCUGUUUGAUAGCACACUUCAUUGAUGAUAAUUGGGGACCAAAAAUGAAGAUUAUUGCCUGCAAACCUUUGGAGCAUAUCUAUGACACAAAGGCUUUAAACGAAAUUAUUCAGAGCUCGGUUUUGGAGUGGAAUAUAAGUAAGAAAGUAUUUUCCAUAACUAUGGAUAAUCCUUAUUUGAGUGAUGAUAUGUUUCAGAAGAUAAAGGAAACUUGUUUUAGUGACCAAGGUUCGUUUCCUUCAACUCACUGGUUCAUCGGUUGCACUUUCAUUAAAGAUGGUUUUCGUGAGAUGGAUCUAAUACUUUUGAAAUUAAGAAAAUCCAUUGAAUAUGUAAGUGAAAUAGCACAAGGAAAACUGAAAUUUGAAGUUGUAAAUCAAGUGAAGCUACAAGGUGGGAAAUCAUGGGAUGAUCUUUCUUUAAGGUUGGAUUCAGACUUUGGUGUGCUUCAUAGUGCCUUGGAAUCAAGAGAAAUUUUUUGUCAACUGGAGAAAAUUGAUAGCAACUUUAAAUUAAACCCAUCAGUGGAUGAAUGGGAGAUGAUACUAGCUUGCCACAGUUGUUUGAAAUGUUUUGAUGAUAUUGAAGGAACUCAAUCACUUACUGCAAAUUUGUACUUCCCAAAGCUCUGCAACAUAUAUAAGAAAUUUCUUCAUCUGGGUAAGAGCAACUAUCCAAUUGUUACAUUGAUGAAGAGGAAAUUUGGCUACUAUUGGAGCUUAUGUAAUUUGGCAUUUGCUGUUGCAACUAUUCUUGAUCCAAGGUUAAAGUUUAAAUUUGUGGAGUUCUCAUAUACUGAGAUUUAUGGCCAUGAUAGUAAGAUGCAUUUGAACAGAUUUCAUAAAGUCCUCACAGAUGUUUACUAUGAAUAUGCCAAUGAAGCCAGAAAUUUGUCUAAAUCCACUUCAGACUUAGAUGAUUCCAAUUCUUCAACAACAGAGAUUGAUAAUGAUUGUAUUCUGGAAUCUUUCAGUAAAUUUGCACCUGCAAGCAACUUUAAUGAGGUGGCCUCAUGGAAGUCUGAGCUUGACUGUUACUUGGAUGAGCCGUUACUUCCCUUGGAUGGAGCCUUUGACAUACUUUACUGGUGGCGUAUUAAUACUAAAAGGUUUCCUACACUAGCAAAGAUGGCUCGAGAUUUCCUUGCAAUGCCAAUAUCAAUACUCGCACCAUGUUUGAAUUUCAACGCCAUGAUCACAAAUCCAACCUACAACAACUUGAAUCCUGAGAGUAUGGAAGCUUUAGUAUGUAGUCAAAACUGGUUGGAAAUUCCAAAAGAAAAUGAUGGAGAAAAUCAUGGACCCAUGCAAAAUAUAUAUAAAAGGAAAAGGAAGAUGGAAGACCACUCUAACGUGGUAGAAGUUUCUAAAAAUUGGAAUCGAGAAGAAGCUAAUAGUAGUGGAGACAUUGCCAAAGUAUCCAUCAAAAAUGAGAACAUAGAAGUUUCAGUUUGCAAUCGAAAUAGGUUGGAAAUAUCAACAGGAAAACCUAAUCAUGGAAGAAACAUUACUGCCUUAAUCGAAAUUCCAAAAGAUGACUCACCAUUCAACAAUAAUAAGUCAGGUCAGUUUCAAAGCUUGUCUUCUGAGUCUGAUAACGAAAUAACAUUGAAGGAGCAAGGAUCAUGGUGUAAAGAGGAUGUUCGGGCAUAUUUAGUCUCGAGAUUUACAGGCAAGGAGAACAAACGGCUAAAUAGAUGGAAAACUAAUGAGUUGAUUGGAAAAUUGAUUGGACGAGAUAAGGAGUUUUGCUUAAUGGGUGACAAAUUAGUACCUUUACUCAUGGUGCCCCAUGGUGAUGAAACUCGAAAAGAGUAUUAUAUUGAUGAUUCUGUCGUUAAUACAUUCUUCAAAUUACUUAAGAAGAGAUCUGAUAGAUUUCCAAAGGCAUACAUUAAUCAUUAUUCAUUCGACUCUCAAAUAGCUACUUCCUUGAUACAAGGAUCCAGAUCAGAACAUGAAGUAUUAGCUUGGUUUAAAGCUGAGAAACUAAGAGGUGCUCAUAAAUUGUUUUUACCAUUGUGUUUAUCAGCCCAUUGGGUUCUUUUCUAUGUUAAUACCAAGGAGAAGAAAAUUUCAUGGUUGGAUUCAAAUCCAUCUUCUCGAAUAAUGUCUAAUAAUGUUGAACAACAAAAGAUAUUACUAUGGUUCACGACCUUUCUACUGCCAGAGUUUGGUUAUAAUGAUGCAAAUGAAUGGCCAUUUGUAGUGCGUACUGAUAUUCCAGUGCAAAAAAACUGGGUUGAUUGUGGAGUAUUCGUGAUGAAAUAUGGUGAUUGCCUUACGCAUGGUGAUUUCUUCCCUUUCACUCAAAAUGACAUGGUUCAUUUUCGACGUCGUAUCUUUCUUGAUAUAUACUGUGGAAGAUUGUAUGGAAAAAUUAGACAAGUUUGAUGCCUUGUUUUUUCUAAUUUUAAUGCAUACAUGGUACUUUUAUCCUCAGUUUAUACUUACUUUCUACGGUUAAAGGUGAAGAACAAUGUACUUGAAAAUAUGACUUGACAAUAG